UGUUAACGCUCGAAAAUCUAUAUUCCGGCGUUAAUAUGGCGCAGCGCAUAAAAGGACCUGUCAAAGCAGCUACUUUCGACGUGUGGAAAAAAAAACAAUAGAAAAAAUUUCGUGUAACACGAUAUCUACGUAACAAAACAUGGCGUAUUAUUAGAACCCUUUCAUCGAGAUGGCUAUAUAAAAGCGAAUAAUCCUAUUCAACCCCCACACCAAUUUCUCGUAUCGACUUGAGCGUUAUAGAAGUUCAGCAAGCAAAUGGUCAUCAUCAAUGAGAUUCGAACCGUGCUGGUUGUACUGUGUGUACUGGAAUUUAGUACUGCGACGUCGUCUAUGUGGAGUGGCGAUGGCGCGAUGAAAGAAUUCGAAAACAAUGAUAAAAUUGCUUGCCCGAAAGAGUUCGAAGACAUUUGCGAGAAAAAAACCGAAUCGGACAACCUCUACAACAUUCUAUUCGACAAGAAGCUUCCAAAUUCCAAGAGGAUGUACUCGCCACAUGACGCUGUUUCUUCCCAAUGCCUCUGCGCAAUGUCAUUCAAGUUGAUAGAUUUGGGAACCAGCUACUAUCCAAGAUAUAUUCACAGCGGCGUGUGUAAGAAAAACACCUGCGGUCUCUUUCACUGGUGUCAACCGAAGAAGUACGCCCUAAGGCUGCUGAAGAGGAAAGAUUCCCGGAACGAACCACUGGAUGGACAGGACUUUCAAACGACGUUGCCCGAAUCGCUCCAAGACGACUGGACUGCCGACAUCUUUAAGAUAGUGGUGGCAUGCGAGUGCUCCCAGAAGAAGUUUUAGCGAAGUAGACUAGCACGACUUGUAAAAUUACAU